AUGCCUGAUCCGAAGGACGUCGAUGCUGCCAUGGAGGAUGAUUACGACGAAGAAGCUGACAGUGAUUUCGACGUCGAGAAUGCAUGCAGUGAGAUCAGCUCCUCAUCAUCUGAAGAAGACGACAAGCAAGCUCCUACAGUUAGACGAAGUCGAGGGAGACUACAGCGACAAAGGGAGAGGAAAGAAGGUUCACGGCCAGAGCCGCUUGGAUUGGACUCUGGAGACGAAGCUACAAUACGUGAGCGAGAUCGAACGAAGAGAAAGCAGAAGCAGAAAGGUGAGGAUGACCAAGACGAAAACAGUGAUGGAGAGGAGCAAGGCUGGAGAGCUAGGACUCGCGCGAUGCGGGAAAAGGACCAGCUCGAGAAGAGGAAAUCUAAGCUGGCAAGCGUAAAGGGAAGCACUAUCGACGUGGACCAACUGUGGGAAGCUAUGAACAAGCCCGGGGGGCUAGAUGGCCUCCCCCAACCAGCAGCACCAGCAGCCCCUGUCUUGGACAGUGAUUCAGGUCUCCUUGUAGAGCAGAAAGAGAACAUUCAAUCGUCUCAUGCGCAGUCCGCAGGACCUCCCAGUGGUAUAGCAUGUCAAAAUCGAAUGUCGCAGGACGGACUCAACGAAAUGGUCACUAUUGACGAGACCUAUGAGUUUGCUGGAGAAGUCCAUAAACGCAAGAAGACAGUUCCUAGAUCAUCGGCUGAGGCAACGCAGUGGCUGGCUCAAAGGUUGGUCCAGAACAUGGACCCUAGGUUUCCCGGUAAUGAGCCCGUCCGAAGACCGCUCCGCAAGAUCUCGCGUUUCGAUCCUAACCUCAACAAUAUGGAUUUGUUCAAGAAGAGUUGGGCAAGGUCUCUGGCGGAUGGGAAAGAGACUAAAAUACAGAAGCUCAAUACUGUGGAGAAGAGUAAGAUGGACUGGGCGGCUCAUGUUGAUCAAGAAGGCCUGCAGGACGAGUUAGCCGAACAUGCCAAAGCUAAGGGUGGCUACUUGGGCAGAAUGGAUUUCCUUGGACAGGUUGAGCAGAGAAAGGAGGAAGAAGCGCGGAGGAUGCGGGUGAAAGGCUGA